AUGCGCCCCCACGGCCCCGCCGCCGCCUCCCCGCAGCGGCUCCUCGGCCUCCUGCUGCUCUUGCUGCUGCAGCUGCGGGCGCCGUCGAGCGCCUCCGAGAGCCCCAAGGGGAAGCAAAAGGCGCUGUUGCGGCAGAGGGAGGUGGUGGACCUGUAUAAUGGAAUGUGCUUACAAGGACCUGCAGGGAUGCCUGGGCGAGAUGGAAGCCCUGGGGCCAAUGGCAUUCCCGGUACCCCUGGGAUCCCAGGUCGGGAUGGAUUCAAAGGAGAAAAGGGGGAAUGCUUGAGGGAAAGCUUUGAGGAGUCCUGGACACCUAACUACAAGCAGUGUUCAUGGAGUUCACUCAAUUAUGGCAUAGAUCUUGGAAAAAUUGCGGAGUGUACAUUUACGAAGAUGCGCUCAAACAGCGCUCUGAGAGUUUUGUUCAGUGGCUCCCUUCGGUUAAAAUGCAGGAAUGCAUGCUGUCAGCGUUGGUAUUUCACGUUCAAUGGAGCUGAAUGUUCAGGACCUCUUCCCAUUGAAGCCAUCAUUUAUUUGGACCAAGGAAGCCCUGAACUCAAUUCAACAAUUAAUAUUCAUCGCACUUCUUCUGUGGAAGGGCUUUGUGAAGGAAUUGGAGCUGGAUUAGUGGAUGUUGCCAUCUGGGUUGGGACUUGUUCGGAUUACCCAAAAGGAGACGCCUCUACUGGAUGGAAUUCAGUAUCUCGCAUCAUUAUUGAAGAACUGCCAAAAUAAAUCCUUUAAUUUUCAUUCCCUACCUCUUUUUAAUUAAGCCUUUGAAGGGUUCAUUUUAGUGGCAUUUUAAUAUAAUUUUUAUGUAUACAUCUGAAUAAAAAGCAAAGCGAAACGUGUUUCAGACCAAAGUGUGAUUUCACACUGUUUGAAAAUCCAGUAUUAUUCAUUUUCCUUCCAUCAAAAAUGGUUUCAGGAUUUUGUAGUUGAUUAGAAUACUUUCUUCAUAUUCCCCAUUCCCUGUACCUAUAAUUUGGAAUGUCAUUGUGGUCUUGAACUUCUCCUAUUCUCUUAGGAUAGCACUUUUUAAAACAGAAAGGCUAACAUACCAGUGCUUUGUACAAGUUGUAAAUGUUCAGAACUGUUUUAUAUCUGUGAAAUAAAAGUUAUUUC